GCGGCGGCUCGGCGGGCGGCGGCUCGGCGGGCCGCCGCGGGGAAGGAGAGGCCGAGGGGGCGGGGGAGAGGGGAUAAUCCCGGCUGGUGCUAUCGCCCGCAUCCCUUUUGUUAUUUAUCGCGAUCGGGGAAGAGGAGGAAGAAGAGCGGGGGAGACGGCACUUUCCAGCGCAAUUUCCCUCCCCCCUACCCCCCGAAAAAAAAAAAAACCCAACCCGACUGGCGGCAGCUGCCGGUGCAUUGCAGCCCGCUGCCCCGAAUUAACGGGCGGAGGCAGACUUUGAUGGGGGAAAACGCUUUCUCUCCCCUGAUGCGUCGGUCAUUUGAACUGUAAAGGAAUCGCCGAGGGGGCGAGGGGACCUGGAGAGAGAGGCUGUCCGACCGACUCCGCCGAGAUGGUGCUCUGUGAGGCCGCAAGAAGAUACGAUUCAAUUUUCUUUUGAAAGGCACGUCCGCAUUUAUUUAUUUAUUUUGCUUUUCUCCCCCCCACCCCCAUCCCCACCCCCACACCCUCCACCACCCCCUUUCGCGCCGGGAGGGGAGAGGAGGGAAAAUUUAAAGGAAUGGAAAAGUUCGGCCGCUGCUUUGGGGUUUUGCUUCUUCUUGAAUCCCACGCUUAAAAACCGGAGACUCCAAACAUCCCCAUUUGAUCGCUGGCAAAUCGCUAUCCGCACAAUUAGCAGCAGGAAAGGGGGAAAAAAAAAAAAAGAAAAAAGAAAAAGAAAAAAAGCAGGAUCGCAGAGAAAAGAAAAACCGGAGGAGAGCCCAGCAGAUACAUCAGAUCCCAUAGUUUUGAUUGGGGAUAUAAAUUUCCCCACCGGCCUUGUUAUGUUUGGGGAGCCUUGAGCUGUAUAUUUAAAAGCAUCAUGCCUGUAGCUGGGAUCCCACAGAGCGUUACCGAAAGAUAAAUGGUUAAGCAGAGAUUGGUAGGGGAGGAAAUACGAUAUUAAAACUGCGGGGGGGUCGGGGGCGGGGGGGGGGGCGCGGAAUCGACCUAAUAUCGGGCCACUGGAUAUUAGCUUGUUUGAAAAAAAAAAAUAUAUAUAUUCUUUUAUUGUUUUCCGGGCCUGUUCCUACAACCAAGCAAGCACGGGGAAUAAUGGGAGGAAGUAUAUCCCGCUGAAGCUGCCGUCAAAGGCUAGAAACGGGACGGUAAAUGACGGGGCACCGCUCAUCCCCGGUGUCGCUCCCAGCAGCGAGCGCUGCCCCCGAAGGAGCAGCCGCCCGCCCGCCCGCCCCCCUCGGUGCCCACCGGCGGUGGGGCCAGGGCGCGGAGACCCACAUCUCCCCGUCCCUGCCCUUCUCCCUGCCCCCCUGUACCCGCCCCGGUGCCGGCGGGGCCGUGGCGCUGACCCCCCUCUCUCUCCUUCUCUGUCCCGGGAAGGCUCCUCCGCCCCCCGCCAAGAUGAUGCUUAGCCCGGACCAAGCUGCCGACUCCGACCACCCCUCCUCGGCUCCCUCCGACCCGGAGUCCCUGGGCGGCCCGGACGCCCAGGCUCUCGGAUGCUGCGUCUCCGACCCGGAGCCCACCGAAGCCGGCGGCGGCGGCGGUGGCGGCGGCGGCGAGGGCCGUGGCGGCGGCGGCGGCGGCGGCGGCGGCGGCGGCGGGGAGGGCCGGGUCGGGUGCCGUCCCGGGCUGCACCCACCGCCGCUGAGCCGGGAGGAGAAGCGGCGGCGGCGACGCGCCACGGCCAAAUACCGCUCGGCCCACGCCACCCGUGAGCGGAUCCGGGUAGAGGCCUUCAACCUGGCCUUCGCCGAGCUGCGCAAGCUGCUGCCCACCCUGCCCCCCGACAAGAAGCUCUCCAAGAUCGAGAUCCUGCGCCUCGCCAUCUGCUACAUCUCCUAUCUCAACCACGUCCUGGACGUGUAGCUCCCGACCGCCCCGACGGACCCACGGGGCUCCGGGCAUCCCCUCCUCCCGCCCACCCUCCCCCGCCAUCUCCCCC